UUUUUGUUUGGCACAUAUUUAAGCUGACGACAAUCAGUAUUCGUUCAUUCUUUUCGCAUCAAAAUGUGGACUGAAAGUAAUGAAACGCCAAGUUUGGGCUCAGUACCAGUUGUUAAGGGGAAGUUUGAGGCUAUGCCUAAAUCUGCUCAACGUUUUGUUGCUAAAUGGGUAGAAAUAUGUAAACCAACUGGAGUGUAUAUAUGUGAUGGUAGUAAAGAAGAACGUCAUGAGCUUACACAAAAAUUAGUUGAAUUGGGUUCUUUGCAUAAAUUACCACCAUAUGAAAAUAAUUAUAUUACAUGUACUGAUCCAAGAGAUGUUGCACGUGUUGAAUCAAAAACAUGGAUUUGUUCUGAGCAUAAACACGAUACAGUGCCAGAUUUAGCACCAGGUGUAAAAGGUGUUCUUGGUCAAUGGAUAUCACCGAAUGAUUUAAAUGUCGAAAUUAAAGAACGUUAUCCUGGUUGUAUGGAAGGUCGUCUACUUUAUGUUAUUCCAUUUAGUAUGGGUCCUAUUGGAUCACCAUUGAGUAAAGUUGGAAUUGAAUUAACUGAUAGUAUAUACGUUGUAUUAUGUAUGACAAUUAUGACACGUAUGCAUCCUGAUGUAUGGAAAGUGAUUGAAUCAAGUAAAGAAUUUGUUAGAUGUGUACAUAGUGUUGGAUGCCCUACUUCAUCAAAUCAAAAAAUUUUCAAUAAUUGGCCAUGUAAUCCAGAGAAAACAUUAAUAUCUCAUGUACCAAAAGAACGUUUAAUUAUGAGUUAUGGUAGUGGUUAUGGUGGAAAUUCAUUAUUAGGCAAAAAAUGUUUUGCAUUACGUAUUGCUGGUUGUAUUGCACAUGAUGAAGGUUGGUUAGCUGAACAUAUGUUAAUUAUGUCAGUGACCAAUCCAAAAGGUGAAGAGAAAUUUAUAGCAGCUGCAUUUCCUAGUGCUUGUGGUAAAACUAAUAUGGCUAUGUUGGAACCAUCAGUUCCUGGUUGGAAAGUACAAUGUGUUGGUGAUGAUAUUGCAUGGAUGCGUUUUGAUGAACAUGGAGUUCUUCGUGCAAUCAAUCCAGAAGCUGGUUUCUUUGGUGUUGCACCAGGUACAAAUUUUAAAACUAAUCCAAAUGCAAUGGCUACAUGUAUGAAAAACACAGUGUUUACUAAUAUUGCACAAACUAAAGAUGGUCAUAUCUAUUGGGAAGGACUUGAAGAUGAAUAUAGUCCAGAUACAGAAAUUAUCACAUGGCUUGGUGAUCAUGUCAAGUUAUCCGAUAAGAGUAAAGAUCCUAAAGCACAUGCAAAUUCACGAUUUUGUUGUCCUGCUAGUCAAUGUCCAAUUAUUCAUCCUAAAUGGGAAGAUCCACAAGGUGUACCAAUUUCAGCUAUUAUAUUUGGUGGUCGUCGACCAGAAGGUAUACCAUUGGUGUUACAAUCGUUUGAUUGGAAACAUGGUGUCAUGUUAGGUGCAGCAUUAAAAUCCGAAGCAACUGCAGCUGCUGAAUUCAAAGGUAAACAAGUGAUGCAUGAUCCAAUGGCUAUGCGUCCAUUUGUUGGAUAUAAUUUUGGCCAAUAUUUAAAUCAUUGGCUUGGUAUGGAGAAACCAACACGUAAAAUGCCUCUUAUUUAUCAUGUGAAUUGGUUCCGAUUGAAUAAACAGGGCAAAUUUGUAUGGCCUGGUUUUGGACAAAAUAUUCGUGUCAUCGAUUGGAUACUUCGACGUGUUGAUGGUGAAGAUAUUGGUGUACCGUCGCCGAUUGGUAUUUUACCGAAAAAAGAUUCAAUUGAUUUCACUGGUUUAAAUGUGGAUUGGGACGAGAAUUUCGCACUACCAAAAGAUUAUCUCUUGGAAGAUGUUGACGAAACAAUAAAAUAUUUACAAGAACAAGUUGGUAAAGAUUUACCAGUUGUAAUUCAAAAUGAAUUAACUAAUCAACGUCAACGUAUUCAAUCUCAACUUUAACUGAGAAAUCAAUUUUGAAGUUGAGAAGAAAUUCAUAUUCUGAACAACAAUUUCCUAUGCUUUCUAUUUUCUUGAUUUUUUUUUAAUAUUACUUUUAUUAUUUGUGUGUGUUCAAAAAAUUUUAAAUUGAAUUUGAUUGAAUUGUGUUGUUUUGUAGACAUUAGUGAAUAAUUGUCAUUAUUAUUAUUAUCACUACUCAUACUACUACUCAUAAUACUACUAUUAUUAUUAUUAUUAUUAUUUUUACUAAUAAUAUUAUCAUUAUUGCUAUUAUUGUUAAUAUUAGUCUAUUGCAUAAUUGAUUGAUUUCAUUUUCAAAGUGUUUUCAUUAAAUACAGAGUAUAGACAAUUAAUU